AUGAUUCGUCUAAUUGUCAUUGAUAGACAGCUACGUAUUCUGCGUCCAAAUGAAAAAUUUCCAUCAUUUUCAUGCAGUCAAUUGCUAUGCAUGUUGGCUAAAUCUGUUAUAGUUAGACUUUGUAACUUUGAAAAUCCUGGUUUUAUAUCUGUAUGCGAUACAACAAGCUUGUCUCCUAAAGGAUCACUUGGCGCAUUUUCCUCCGAUAUAUCUAGCUUGCAUAGUGCAAUUGAUCACAUUGAACAGACAGCUAAGGUGAUGUUCCCUAGUGAAUUGACUGCCACAUCAAUUCUUAACAUCUUGAAAGAAGCAUAUCUGUACUAUGGACCAUGGUCAAAUAUUCAAGUUUUAUUAUUUACAGAUGGAGAAUCUUCCUACUUCACUCAUUCCUCUCUUAUUUAUCCAGUAGAUUUUCCCAAAAGUCUAUUUAAUGAUACUUCAAUUUUGUUCAUUAGUUUGAGUGAUAAACAGUUAUCUAACGAUCUAAUGGAGUUAUAUAAUCAAUUUCACUUGAAAUCAAUAAUUUUCGAAGCUAACAAAUACGUUUCAAAUCUUGAAAUCUAUACUGUCGAAUUAUAUAUAGAUAACUUAGCCAAACAUAUUAUUGAACAUUGUCAGCCGAAUCAAGUAAUUCCAAGUGUAAUUAUCAAUUGUGGACGUCUUCAAAGUAUGGCAGUUUUAUUACCAUCUCCAGGUGUUCAUUCAUUCACUGGAUUGAAUGAUUUGGCAAAAAAUUCACUUUGUGUGGAGAUCUUCGGUUUCCUUAAUCUCAGCGAUUUAAAUAAUCCACCAGUAAAUGGACGUUUCACAGUGGUUAGUCGAACAGAUCCAUCUGAUCCUGAUCUUCUCUACCUACUUUUGCGAUCAUUACAAAAUACAAAAACUGUUGCCAUGUGUAAUAUUUAUAUUGUAAUCAAUAAUCAAUCAACUCAGUCAGUCAAUUCAAGUACGAUUUCAGUGUUGGAUUCACACAAUUCAUCUAAACGUAAUCUUCAACAACAACAGUCUGGUAAAAAUUCACCGAACCAUACUCUUUGGAGUCAUGGUUAUUUGCAUCAUAUUGAUAUGAAGCAAUCAAUUUUAAUGUUGUCAGUAUUUGAACGAGAAUGUACUGGUUUACCUUGGCUUGGUAAUUUUAGUCAUUUAGCACCUGUAACAGAUUUUGCCGGUUCUCAAUUAUACGAUGAUAAAAAUGAAACUUCACCAUUCCCUGUUCGAACACCGGAUCAUUUGAGUUAUAAAAUUGAUGGUUCACGUUAUGUUUCUUGGGCAUCACAGUCAGCAAUGCUUAUGGAUAUUAAUAAAGUGCUUCGACUAAGUCGACGCCUCCCGGAUAAAUCUGCAUUACUUUAUAAAGAAUUAAAUCGACUUCGUUUUGCAGCAACUGUUUAUGGAUGUCCAGAAUUGUUAUUACAAAUUCAUUCAAUGAUUAUGUCUAUUCAUCAUCAGUCAAACAAUAAUAAUAAUAAUAAUAAUAGUGAUAAUAAUACUGUUGUUACUGGAUCCAAUGAACAAACAAAAUCAUUACAAACUUGUUUAAAUAAUGUAACUGAUAUAUUACUUAAACAGGAAUCAUAUACAAAUGAUAUCUUGUCACCUGAUAAAAGGAAACUAUUCUAAAUAAUGAGUUAAUGAUGAAUUAUUGAUUUAUUUUGUUUUAAUAAUUACAUGUACAUAUAUGUAAAAAAGAAAUAUAUUUAUAUAUUUUUAUCA